UUCGCUCUACAUCGCAGAAAACACUCUCGUCGCGGCUUUCGUCGUCCACACUCUCUUUAUCCACUCUCGCUCUUUUGCACACCCCCGAACCCUCCUAAACCCACCUUUCUUCUUUUUCGUAAAUCUUUCGCCAUGUUCGGAUACGCUACUGCCCUCAUUCUCGCCGCCGCCGCCCCUUCGGCCCUUGCGACUGUCUACGUCACCGCACCCGUCGCCUCCACCUCCUGGGCUGCUGGCUCCAGCGUCACCCUCACCUGGCAGGAAGACGGCACUACCCCCAGCCUCGGUGACUUUGGUCCCGCUUCCAUCGGUAUCUACGUCGGAAACGUCAACGAGCAGACUCUCCUUCAAACCAUUUCGGACAGCCUUGAUGUUAGCAACGCUACCUCCAUUGACUUCACUCCUGAUGCCUCCAUCGGUGCGGACAGCGACGCAUACUUCAUUCGCUUCCAGUCAAUCAGCGCUAUGGACGACACCUCUGCCUACCAUGUCCAGGCUUUCUCAUCCAAGUUCACCAUGACCGGCAUGACUGGUACCUUCAACGCGACCGUCCUCGCUGAGAUGAGCAGCACCGCCUCUGGCUCUGCCAGCUCCACCGCCUCAUCCGCGUCCGCCUCCUCUACAAAGGCUGCCUCCACGACCAAGGCCUCGACGGCCAGCACCGCAACUGCGUCCGCCUCGAGCGACUCUACCAGCGGUGCGGAGAGCAGGACCAUCGUCAACGGCGUUGUCGGCUUGGCCGGCCUCGCUGCUGCUGGUGUCGCUUACUUCCUUUAGAGAGUUGAAUCGUCGUUUUCUUUUCUUUUGCUGAGGGUGACAGGAUGACUUCUGCGCGAUCCGAGACCGCACCAGACUUCCGAGCAUUUGAUAUCCAUUUUCGUGUUUGAUUGCUUCCAUCUUUAUUCCAUUCUGCAUUCUUCUCUGGAUCUUUUUGUUGUAUGGUGUUGUGUUUUGACUGAUACCACACUACUGAUUGAUUCGAAUCCGAUUCCCCAUGCAUCGCCUUCGUGCGUGCAAACCACUACCUACAUCGCUAUGCCCAGAGUCCUCUACCUUUUGACUUCUGACUAUCAUCCGACCAGUCCUC